AUGGAUGCGCAAUCCACUGUAGCCAGAGUCGACAAUAUCUCCCUCCUCCCAUUAGCCGUGGGGGAAAGUGGAAAGGCCAAACAAUCGUUUGAUUCAGACACAUGGCCUAAACAUGUCGUCGUUGGCACGGAGUCAAAAGCAGAACUUGGGGUCAAGAUUAAUUGCGUAACCAAUGACUUCCACCCAAAAAAUAUGUCUGUGAUGUUGCCAGUGCAAGAAGGAGGUCUCCGAGCUUGGAUGACUAUUGCCGGAGCUUGGAUGAUACAGUUCAGCACAUUCGGUUACGUUUAUUCUUAUGGAGUAUAUCAAGAUUACUACACACGGAUUUUCUUGAAGAACCAUUCGCCGAGUAGCAUUGCGUGGAUCGGAAGCAUUCAGCUCAUGAUGCCGCUUGCUCUCGGGCUAGUUUCUGGGAAGCUGUUUGACGCGGGCUAUUUUCACCACCUAAUUUUCUCGGGCUCCGUAAUUUUCACAACUUCCCUUUUCAUGGUGUCUCUGGUGCAACCUGAUCAAUAUUUUCAAAUCAUUUUGAGUCAAGGUCUGGGGAUGGGUAUCGGAAUCGGGCUUGUGUUCGUCCCAACGACCUCAAUUUGUGCGCAUCACUUUAAGAGGCGUAAAGCCCUUGCGACGGGUAUUGUCGUCAGUGGAAGUUCAGCAGGCGGUUUAGUUUUUCCCAUCAUGCUCAAUCACCUCCUCGUCUCAAAGGGAUAUGCGAAUGCCGUGCGAUAUACAGCGUACAUCGUCCUUGGCUGUUUGACGAUUGGAAACUUGCUCAUGAGGAAACCACUUCCCGCUAACAUACGGAAGCCGUCCUCUCCCAUGAUUGCGACCUUUCUCAAAGAGCCGGAAUAUCUUAUGACCAUUUUUGUAUUUUUCCUCAUGAUGUAUGGGAUGUUUUUCCCAGUUGUGUACUUGCAACUAUACGCAGUCCUACAUGAAGUCGACGGGAACCUUGCCUUCUAUUCGUUGGCCAUCUUGAAUGCAUGCAGCUGCGUAGGCCGCAUUCUUGGAAACUUUUUCGCGGAUACCUAUGGUGCAUGGAAUUUAUUGAUUCCAACCACUGUCAUCGCGGGUGGUACGAUUUGGGCUGUUUUGGGAGUGCAUGAUAAAGCUACCCUGGUUGUUGUGGCGAUGGUGUAUGGUUUCUUUUCAGGGGCAUGGUUAUCAUUAUCACUAACAGCACUCGGAUCGCUCGCUCAGUCUCCGAGUGAAAUUGGUGCCCGCACGGGUCUUGUAUUGGCGAUUGCAAGUUUAGGUUGCCUCUUCGCCGCACCAACGCAAGGCGCUCUCCUUUCUCGCGCUUACUUGUGGAUUCGACCUAUUGCGUUUUCAAGCACAUUGCUUUUUGUUGCCGCACUGCUUGGGGUUUUGAUUAGAAGCCGUAUUGUCGCAAAGAAGGGCGUCGCAAGGGUCUGA